GAAAACUGCUCGCUCAGUCGUCGCGAGGUGCACGCAACGGGAGAGACCGGUCGGCGGCGCUGGGAAACGCGUUCCUGCGGCCGACUCAGCCUGUACAAGGGUCCUUCCGCCACGACUCCAACCACCACGGCUGUGACUCCCAAGCAACGCGGCAGCAGCGCUGGCGCUUCGGCAACCAUGCCGAGGCCCGGCCGGUCGACGUACGGAGACCAGAAGCCGCCCUAUUCCUACAUCUCACUCACCUUCAUGGCCAUCCAAAGCUCGCAGGAGAAGAUGCUCACGCUCAGCGACAUCUACAAGUUCAUCAUGGACCGCUUUCCCUACUACCGCAAGAACACGCAGAGGUGGCAGAACUCGCUCAGGCACAACCUCUCGUUCAACGACUGCUUCAUCAAGAUCCCUCGAAGGCCCGACCGGCCUGGCAAGGGCAGUUACUGGGCUCUGCAUCCGGCCUGCGGCGACAUGUUCGAGAAUGGUUCAUUCUUGCGGCGUCGCAAGCGUUUCAAGCUGCCCCGUCAGAUCAAGGACGCCACGGCUGUGGCACUGGCCGAGCUGAAACAUUACGAGACCGUGUCACAGAAUGCCAUCCAAGAACAGGCGAAAAUGCGACUGACGGCGCUGGCGGCAGCACCGAGUCAUCUGCAGGGACACCACGCCGAUGCCUUGAGGCACGGAACAGUGCUGCCCAACUACACCAAGCAGCCGUUCUCCAUCGAGAACAUCAUCGCUCCCGACGGCAAGAACUUCAGCGGCGUGCUGCCAGCGAGUCCUCCGUACACGACGUCGCCCCACGCGCCGGCUCACUUGAGGUCCCUUCCGCCUUUUCCGUGCUCUCUACCUUACGCGACUCAGGCGUCCUGGCACUCGACGUACUCCAGCCUUGUGGCAGCGGCGGCCGCCAGCCGGCAAGACCUCAACGGCCUUCUGUGCGGGGCGAAGGUGCCGCCCGGUCACUACCCUCUCGCAGGCGUCGUGCCCGUACCACCGGGAGCCGGGGUGCCGUUCUCACUUCCAUCGCUGCCCCUGAAGCCUCCCGCACUUCUGCCAGCGUUCCAGUUCCCGGGACUCACGGCCGAGCAGUCCCUCCUGACAGCCAGCGCAGCGCACAUGACGUCCCAGAUGACGACGGCAGCAGUGACAACCACGAGGGUGCCGCCGCCUCCAAGACCGGACUCGGCGUCUAGUGAUGUAUCUUGCAGGUCGUUAGAUGUGGUCUCGGACGAAAUGGCGAACGACCCAUGUUAGUGACCUUUGCACCCCUUUCCUAAGAACCCUGGUUCCCGUGCCACGCUCCGCCGGCGUGGCCCACAGACAUUAUUUAUAAGGCGCGAGACGACUGUACCGUUGCGACAUGUGCAGCACCAGGUGGCGUGGAUGUGUGUAUGUGUGUGUCUGUGAAAACGUGUGCGUGUAAAUAUUUCCUCCCUGGCGUCUUGACAUGAGCACUGGGUGCUUUGUAUAAAUGUACAGAUGGCUGAAUGAAGCGAACGUUGGACGAAUCGAAGAAGCAAUGAAGAAUGCAGAGGCGAAACGGGAAGCUACCGUGAGCCUGCAAUUCUUCGCUAUAGUUCCUUAUUUCUGAUAAUUCUCAAGAAGCCGAGGCGUUCGAAGACGGCUUUACCUUGAAUAAAUGGGAAAGACUAUUCUCAAGCUAGUGACUCACUGGGAAGACUCACAUCGGCACGUCUUGAAAACCCUUCGCCUGGUAGCGUACUACUGUAGAAUCCAAACAGGCAGAUCUUCAGCGUGUAUGGCAUGUUCCCAACCGGCACCACCUUCACCAAAAGAAGCAUCUUCCCAUCGACAUUACUCUCACAUGCGACUUCUGCAAAAGCACGUGGAACUCUACUCGCCAUAAACCAACUCAACAGGUUCCUUUCCACAACAGUCCGCAUCCGGAAGACGCAAGGAAGAACGGUAGGCAACCGAUUUUCGACAAAGGCUGUCUCUUUCCUCCCGAAAACUCUAAACAGCUCCUUUCUUUCGACCACCGAAAACGAUCCAGGCCCCCGCGAUGAAACGAAACCGUAAGGACACAAUGCGCUCUUUCAUUUUCGA